AUGACUGAAAUCACCCUCCAAAGUCCUCGUGACCACAAUCGUAGAUCGUCCAUCACAUCCCACCAGGAAACAGAUGGGAGACGGUUACUUGCGGAGUCUACGUGUCCGCCGUCAGGUCUUGCCCCAGGUAAAAACGACCAGAAAAAUAGCCAAGCUACAGAUCACUCUAGCAAAGCCACCCAAAUCGAUGGUAGCUCGCAAGUAAUUAACGGUAGCGUUAUCGAUGGCAAGAGAACUGGCUCAGUCGGAAAACAUAGCCUCGAGGGUGGUUCUGUCAAAAACAACAGCAAACUCGCCAACGGAAAUAUGGACCCAAAGAGCUUUAUUGCGUUCUUCUGUAGGGACCAUUGA